UGGGCAUCUUCAAGAAGAUGGUUCGAAUGGAAGGAUGAAUACGAACAACAAGUCUUUGUACCUAGAGAUGAAGUACUCGGAAUGGAAUUAUUUGGUGUAGAAAACCAUGUACAUGCAGGUAUCAACUUUGCCAAGUAUGAAACAAUUCCUGUUCGAGUCAUUGGUGAAAAUCCAACAUCAAGCUUUGAGAAUGUACGAAGCCUUGGUGAUGCCAACCUUCACCCUUGUAUGAAAGAAAAUAUUCGUUUGGCAAGAUAUGCAGUUCCUACGCCUAGACAUAGUAUAUCCAUUGUUACUGCUGGAUGCGAUCUUAUGGCCUGUGCUCAGACAGGUUCAGGAAAAACAGCUGCAUCCUUGAUACCAACCUGUUCUGCUCUUUUCUAUCAAGCAAAAAGUUUGAUCGCUCGCCCUAAUCCCUCCAACAACCACCGUUUCGCUGCCCGACCUCCUGUCCUGGUCAUGGCUCCUACACGUGAACCUUGCUCACAAAUAUUUGAUGAAAGUCGACGAUUCUGCUAUCGCAGCAUGCUCAGACCUUGCUGUAUUUAUGGUGGAGCUGGUGUUAACGGACAGCUGAAUCAUCUUAUGCGAGGUUGUGAUGUCUUGAUUGCUAUUCUAGGUCGUUUACUGGAAUUUGUCGAUCGAAGUAAAAUUGACUUAUCCAAUGUCCGCUAUUUGGUCCUGGAUGAAGCAGAUCGCAUGCUAGAUAUGGGCUUCGAAAGGGACAUGCGUACUAUCAUCGAAUCUAAGGGUAUAAAUAGAUGCACCUUACUGUACAGUGCAACCUUUCCUAGAGCUAUACGAAUGCUUGCUAGAGACUUUUUAAAACAGGACUAUUUGCUUUUAAAAGUUGGUCAUAAAAACAGACUAAUAACGAAAUUUUAUAAAGGUUCUUUGGGUAGAAGUGCCCGAGAAGCAACAAAAUUAAAAGAACUACUCACUUCUACUCCUCCUUGUCGCACGCUUAUAUUUGUAGAAACCAAGAGGAAGGCAGAUACCCUCGACCAGUAUCUGUAUCAAAACAGGUUCCCUUACACCUCUAUCCAUGGUGAUAGAAACCAAAGCGAACGAGGGGAUGCCCUUUUGGCAUGCAAAAGUGGGAAUUGUCUCAUAUUAAUAGCCACCUUUGUUGCCUCUCGUGGCAUCGACAUUAAAAAUGUCAUGCACGUAAUUAAUUACGACAUGACUCCCAAUAUUGAUGAAUAUAUUCAUCGUAUUGGUCUUACUGCUCGUGUUGGCAAUGCUGAUCUUGCGACCUCAUUUUUUAAUGGUGCAAGUACUGCGGUUGCCAAGAAUUUGACCAAAGUGCUUGUCGAGUGUGGCCAAGAAUUGCCAAAUUUCUUGCAGCCUUAUAGAACGAAUGAUUUGCAAUCAGUAGAUGAUAAUUAA